AUUUUGUUUAAUACCAUUGAUUUCUAUUUUUAUAAAAUAUAACUAUGAAUCAUUUGACAAUAAUAGGUCGGUUAUAUUAUAUUACGUUAUGCUACUUUUUUGGAGAAUUCUAGAGUAAAUUAUUCUGUCGAGAACCUCCGCUGUGUUUCUGUUAAUAAAAUGAGAUAUGAGUGGGUACCCAAAACUAUCUCAAUGGAAAUUGAUUUCAUUAAUUUUACUUAAUAAAAGGACGGAAAUUAUUACUAUAUUUGGUUCCCCUCUCUCUCUCUGUCUCAUAGUUUUAUGUGAUGUUUGUACAGAAUUUAUUAAAUUAUUUUAUUUAUCAUAUGUUGAUUCAACUAAUUCAGAUUCAUUCUACCUAAAAUAUUUUUGGUACCCGAAAGUUAUAGUAAAAGGUAAAUUAGUGAAUACUGUUUGUUCAGUUUAUUAGCAGUCAAAUGUGUCAAUAGAAUGGAGGACAAAUAUUCAAACCUGUACCUGCUAUUUUCAAUUUUCUUGACCUUUCUUGGUUUCAUAUUAUUUUUACCAAAAAGGAUAUUAUCUUCAUACAUGGCAGCUGUAUCCAUAACAAAUAUGAUGUGUGCUUCCAAGAAAUUGAAUCAUCCUAUUUAUAAUGCUUUAUCUGUCUUGCAGACUUGUGUUUUUCUCUCAAUAUUGGUUGUAAACUAGUUCACCUCACCCCAUCUUUCUUCGUUUUAAAAUUAGAUCCUUUGGUGCUACAAGAAAGAGCUUCAUUCAAUCUUAAUUAGUGUGGCUGAUCAAAGAUCCUGCAGUAUAUAUAGCCAUGGAAACAAGUGAAAUAACUAAUUCUGUUGAACUACUUCCACCCCUUAUCAAAUUUAUUUCGGAUGAAAUGGAUAUUGACUUUGACAUCAUAGUAGGUAAUGAUCAUAUCAAUAAUCAGCUUGACAAAACAGGAUCUAGUUUUGGGAACUCACCUGUCAUGGUAACUGAAGCUGCUACUGAACGACAGCAUGAAAGGAAGCAUUCGGUCUCCAUUAGCAUGCCACCCUCUCCUUUGACAGCUUACUCACCACCAAUCCAAAAAAGAGUUGUUUUCAGUGAUAAUAAUGAGAUUAUAUUGAGCAAUACUGAUUGUUCUGAUUCUGCUACUACAUCAACCGAUGAUAGUACCAGACGUAAUAAAAAAGUCAAGUUUUAUUCUCAGCCAAUGCCAAGACAUACUGCAUUUCCUGAGGCACCUUCUAUAGGGAAACUUCUCAGUUAUUCAGACUUUCCAUCAAGGAAUCCCAAGAUCAUUAAGCAAAGGGAUUCAAGGUUCGACUCUUUCAAAACAUGGUCUGGUAAACUUGAGAGACAAAUUUCAAGUAUGCGCGGAAAGAAUGUGGAAGGACAGCAAGAGUCAAACUCUCGACCAACUGCAGAGAUGGAAAAUAUUCCUGUAGACCGAUACUUUGAUGCCUUGGAGGGACCAGAGUUGGAUACACUACGGGCUUCCGAGCAAAGUAUUCUUCCGGAGGACAAGAAAUGGCCUUUCCUUCUUCGAUACCCUAUUUCUUCCUUUGGUAUGUGUCUUGGUGUUAGUAGCCAAGCUAUUAUGUGGAAAGCUCUGGCCACUUCUCCCUCAACAAAAUUCCUCCACAUAAGCUUGAACGUGAAUCUUGUCCUUUGGUGCAUAUCCGUGGCCCUUAUGGCCAUUGUUGCUUUCACUUAUGCUUUGAAAAUCAUUUUCUACUUUGAAGCAGUUCGUCGGGAGUACUAUCACCCCAUACGUAUUAACUUCUUCUUUGCUCCCUGGAUAUCGCUUCUAUUCUUAGCACUAGGAGUUCCGCAAUCAGUUACUAAAACCCUUCCCACAGCUUUAUGGUACAUUCUUAUGACCCCAAUCUUUUGCUUAGAGCUUAAGAUCUACGGACAAUGGAUGUCUGGAGGACAACGAAGGCUCUCAAAGGUUGCCAAUCCUGUAAAUCAUCUUUCCAUUGUUGGAAAUUUUGUUGGUGCUUUGCUUGGUGCAUCCAUGGGACUAAAAGAAGGACCGAUAUUCUUCUAUGCUGUUGGAUUGGCCCAUUAUGUGGUCCUGUUUGUGACUCUUUACCAAAGACUUCCAACAAAUGAGACGCUGCCAAAGGAUCUUCACCCCGUCUUCUUUCUAUUUGUUGCUGCACCUAGUGUUGCUUCUAUGGCAUGGGCAACAAUCCAAGGGUCCUUUGAUUAUGGAUCUCGGAUUUCUUAUUUCAUCGCCCUGUUCCUUUAUUUAUCACUGGCUGUUCGUAUUAAUUUCUUCCGAGGCAUCAGGUUUUCAUUGACUUGGUGGGCAUAUACUUUCCCCAUGACCGGAGCUGCUAUCGCUACCAUCAGGUAUUCAGCUGUAGUUACCAACACUGUGACAAAGUGUCUAGUCGUCAUACUUAGCUCUCUUGCUACACUCACGGUAACCGCGCUGCUUGUCACAACUAUCAUCUAUGCCUUUGUAUUGAGAGACCUCUUCCCGAAUGACAUUUCAAUUGCAAUUAGUGAAAGAAGGCAUAAAUCUAGUGGCAUAUGGCAUCUCAGUAAAUUUGGCAGCUCAGAUACCAAAGAUAUCGAACAAUAUCUUAAAUAUGUAGAUUCUUUGGAGGGAAAAGAUAUUGAAGCUUCACUUGCAAAUCCAAAUUCUAGUACCAUAGAGUUGAUCAACUCUGCCCCAAAUGAAGUCCGUCAACAGUGAUUUGUGCAGUUCCACCACCCUUUUUGUUCUUUAAACUUUUUGUAAAAUUCUUUUAAGUGCUAAUCAAGUGAGGAACAGCAUGAUUUUGGCAGUUCCUGUGAACUUGAUAUAGAAAAAGUAUUAAGUGAAGGUUCAAACUCUAUGGAGAUGUAAUUUUUUUUUUUGAGUGUCUUUCCAAAUUUCAACAUUUUUUCAUUUGUAUGAACUGUUCAAGUUGAGUGUUCCUAAUGUUAUGAAGGUUCUUAUAUUUGAGCUA